UUGAAUUACCCUCUGUGCUGCUUUUAUUUUAAACAUAAAAAACAGUUAUUUAUUGUUUCUCAUUCUUCUGCCAUUGAAUUCCUUAUGGUUUUGAUUUCUUUAGAAUGCAAUGAGGGCAACAGUCGAACACCAGGAAAAUUGGCCUUCCCUUACACCAAUUGAAGUGAUUGUUGUCUUGGGAAAAGAAGAUCUUACAAUUAAGAUUUCAGACAGAGGAGGUGGCGUUCCCCUGAGGAUCAUUGAGCGCCUCUUUAGUUACACUUACUCCACUGCACCAACGCCCGUGAUGGAUAAUUCUCGGAAUGCUCCUUUGGCCGGUUUUGGUUACGGCUUGCCAAUUUCUCGUCUCUAUGCCAAGUACUUUCAAGGAGAUCUGAAUCUCUACUCUAUGUCAGGAUAUGGAACAGAUGCCAUCAUCUAUUUAAAGGUAUCCCUUCAAUUCAGUAGAAACAAUCAUGUUUCUAUUUUUUUUAAGAUUUUAUUUAUUUGUUUAUUUGAGAAAGAGAGUUCGAGCAGGGGAAGGGGCAGAAGAAGAGGGAGAGAAAGAAUCUCAGAUGGACUCCCCACUGAGUGUGGGGCCCGACUUGGGGCUCGAUCUCAUCAUGAACCUGAGAUCAUGACCUGAGGUGAAAUCAAGAGUCGGAUGCCCAACCGACUGAGCCACCCAGGCACUCCGAAGCAAUAUUUCUGAAAGCCAUGCUUCUUUUAUGGCCCCAACUUCCAUGGUCCACAGUGAAUUCCCCAAACUGAGUUAAUGCAAAUAAUGACCACAAGUCAUUUAUUUUUUCUGUUUGGUAUGUGUAGACGUACUAUUUAAUAUUUAAUAUGAUAACUUACCAAUUAGAAGUGGGACCAGGCUCCCUGCUUCAAGUGAAGCAAAAUUGUUUCUCAAGAAGCAUAUUAGUUUCCAAGUGAGGAGAUCCCCAUGUGAAUUUUUUAAACCAACACCUUUUGGCAUCUGUGAGAAUAGCUGUACCUUUGUUUUACUUAAACUCGUGGGAAAUAUAUGGUAAUAAUGUUCCAGCCUAGAAAACAACUGAUACCAAGAUAUGCAAGACCUUAAGCUGACCUUAUUAGAAAUCCAGGGAAGGAAAAGCUAACUGCUCACAAGCUGUCAGUGGGAUGUCUGGCAUUUCCUGAUUAAACUUUAAAACUUGGUACAUGUUUUUUUCUAUUUCUGAUAAAGUCUCAAUUUAUUUGGUAAGGUCACUGCUCUGAUUCGUUAAUUGUUUUCCAGCUGUUUGAAUUGAAAAUGUAUUUACAGAUUUUAGUAACUAAAACAUUAAGCUUGUCGACUCCCAUUUUGUGCAAGGGAAUUAUUUGCUGAGAAGCCUUUGACUAUCUGAAAUAGUUAAUGUAUUCAUUUCUUAAAUGAGCAAAUGUCUUCAAAGUACUGGGAAAGAUUAAGAGAUGAUAGAUUGAUAGUAUCAGAUUUUAAUAAAUUAAUAGUAUCAGAUUAGGACUCUUUAUCAGUGAUACAAAGGUUUUUGUAAAGAAUAGCUUUGCUAUUCAGUUCUAUCACAUCAGCAACAUCCGAACAAGGGACAUAUGUAAAUAUUGAAGACGAAUUCUGUUCCCCAAUUUAUAACUGGAUAUAUACUAUUUUAGCCUCUACAGGGUAGAAAUAAAUAUUUGUUUUUUACUUUUCUUUUAUACA